CAGUUUCAUCUUUUGAGGCAGGAGAAAAUUAGAAAAACAGAGAACAGCAAUGAACAGCUCAAUCUAUCUCACUUUACUCUUUUUUUGGAUGACACGAGAUUGUGUAAACUGUAUUUACACGAAGACACCCAUUGAUUUAGUGACUGUGGAGUUGGGGGACUCCGUUACAUUAAAUUGCACUUACAAUUGCUCCAGUGGAUUCGUUCAAGGCUACUGGAGUAAAGCGCUCAACAUCUUUGGCUGCCACAUGAUGUUUAGAGAAGGCAGCUUUUGCACAGUGUUUCUUUGUCUCACCAAUGUGUCCGCGGGACAUCUGAAAAACAACUACACUUGCUACACAGUAGAUAAAGAGGAUCCUCAGCUUCAACAAAAAACAGAGCGUCUCUUUUUGCUUCAGCUUCGAGCUCAGAGAAGUCUUCCAAACACAGAUGCUCCAAAAAAUUACAACAAAAAUGCAUCUUUUCCUGCCAAGCCAAAUUCCCCUGGAGGAGAAUUUACUGGAAUUAAGGUUUUGGCAACAGUUUCCGUAGCUGUAGCCCUGGUUCUUGCAGCAUUGGCUGUAUACUUGUGUUUUAAUCGGAACAGACAGAACUGGAACGGUAAAGAGGAGCCUACUGUGUCCAAAUUGGACUUACCACAAUCACCACAUGUAGCCCAGCUACAGAUAAAAGGGUCAACACAAAGUGAAAGGGUGACUUUGAGGAUUCCUCCACCAGAUAAUGAGAGUGAUACUGAAGUUCCUUACGCUGACAUUAUGAUCACCGUCCGUGGUGUCAGCACACCAGAACUCACUCAGGUCGGCUACCUGAUAGCCGGAGACCAAAAAGAGCGGUGGGGAGAUAAACCGAGGUGUCACCUGCAGGCCUCUCGUUCAGCUGACAGACUGCAUGUUCCCCAGGUCAGAGAGGUCAGCCGCAAGAUGAGCACCAACUCUGAGUAUGCAGUGAUCACCUACGCCUGACUUCGACUGCUGCUGCAAAGGAAUGUGAA